UGUGUGUUUGAAUCGUAACGAGGAAGAAAAAAAAAAAAAAAAAAACAAGCCGCGUCUUCCUCGCAUUGCGCGUCAUUCAAACAGGACUCAGUGUACUGCUUUUCCCCGUGUUGCAUUAGUAAUAACAGCGGCGUUGACGGGAGACAGCAGGAGAGAGAAAGAGAGAGAGAGAGAGAGAGAGAGAGAGAGAGAGAAAGCGUGUGUGUGUGUCUCCGACAGAGGUGCCCAGCGGAGGAAUAUUCCAGCCUGUAUGUGUGUGUGUUUUUUUUUAUUUACUCUGCAGCUUGUUGUUCGGCCUUUUUUUUUUCGUGUACUCCGCGUUAUGGUGAACCUGGACAGUCACGUGUGAAGAUUUCUGUGCAAAGAGAGAGUUACAGGAAAGGACGACGACUUCUCACCUGGCGUGUCCCUUUUGACUUUACCGCGAGGGGGGAAAAUUAUACCUGCCAUUUUUUUUCUCUCUCUCCCUGAUAGCUGACAUCGUUGGACUCCCUCCACUCCUGUGACGGACAACAACAGCAAGUUUCUCUCCUAAAGGGAUCAAAUAUGUGCACUCUGCACCCGUAGAAAACAGCAGACGACACACACUGUAAAGUCCAAAGUGGUUUUAAAUCAUGAUGAUGCAGGAGUCGGCCACAGAGACAAUAAGCAACAGUUCAAUGAGUCAAAAUGGAAUGAGCACCCUAAGCAGCAGCCAAUUAGAGGCUGGCAGUAGAGAUGGGAGAUCAAGCGCUGGUGACACGAGCAGCGAAGUAAGCACAGUCGAGCUGCUGCAUCUGCAACAACAGCAGGCCCUACAAGCAGCGAGGCAAUUACUCUUGCAGCAGCCAGGCAGUGGCCUGAAAUCUCCAAAGAGCCAGGACAAGCAGCGUCCACUGCAGGUUCCAGUGUCAGUGGCCAUGAUGAGUCCCCAGGUGAUCACGCCGCAACAGAUGCAGCAGAUCCUCCAGCAGCAGGUUCUGUCCCCCCAGCAGCUCCAGGCCCUGCUCCAGCAGCAGCAGGCUGUAAUGCUGCAGCAGCAACACCUGCAGGAGUUUUAUAAGAAACAACAGGAGCAGCUUCAUCUGCAGCUUCUCCAACAGCAACACCCCGGCAAGCAGGUAAAAGAGGGGCUUACGCAAUCGCCUGUCUGGCCCAGCGAUAAACAACUCAGUGAGGCAGCGAGGAGAGCAGAGAGAGGGCAACAGCAGCAGCAGCAGCAGCAGCAGCUGGCCGCCCAGCAGCUCGUCUUCCAGCAGCAGCUCCUGCAGAUGCAGCAGCUCCAGCAGCAGCAGCACCUGCUCAACAUGCAGCGGCAGGGCCUGCUCUCGCUGCCGGGGCCCGCGCCCGGCCAGGCCGCCCUGCCCGGACAGACCCUGCCUCCGCAAGCCGGCCUGAGCCCCGCAGAGCUCCAGCAGUUGUGGAAGGAUGUGACCGGAGGCGGCGGUCACAGCAUGGAGGACAACGGCAUCAAACACAACAACAGCGGCAACACUGGCACCGGCGGGGGUGGCGGCGGCGGUGGUCUCGACCUCUCCACCAACAACUCUUCUUCAACUACCUCCUCCUCCAAUCCCGCCAAAGCGUCGCCACCCAUCUCUCACCAUUCCAUCGCCAACGGACAGUCCCCCGUCCUCAACCACAGAAGAGAGAGGGAACGGGAACGGGAAAGGGAGCGAGAGAGUUCGCUACAUGAAGAAAGUGGAGGCACCCACCCCCUGUACGGUCACGGCGUUUGCAAGUGGCCCGGCUGUGAGAACAUCUGCGAGGACUUUGGACAGUUUUUGAAGCACCUAAACAGUGAACAUGCCCUAGAUGACCGGAGCACAGCCCAGUGUAGAGUUCAAAUGCAAGUGGUACAGCAGCUGGAAAUACAACUUUCUAAAGAACGUGAGCGUCUUCAGGCGAUGAUGGCCCACUUGCACAUGCGGCCCUCGGAACCCAAGUCAUCUCCCAAACCACUCAACUUGGUGUCCAGCGUCACCAUGUCCAAGAACUUGCCCUCAGCUUCACCUCCCAACUUACCUCAGACACCCACUACGCCCACAGCGCCGAUCACACCCAUGGCUGCCAUGCCUCAGGUGCCGUCAGUACUGGGAGGAGCAAAUGUCCCCAGCAUGGGAGCCAUGCGCCGACGCCACUCGGACAAAUACUCCAUGCCCCUUUCGUCAGGUGGUGACACAGUAUUUAUUUUUCCAGAGAUCGCCCCAAACUACGAGUUUUAUAAGAACGCAGAUGUCAGACCGCCAUUUACUUAUGCAACCCUCAUAAGACAGGCUAUCAUGGACUCUGCCGACAUGCAGUUAACGCUUAAUGAAAUCUACAGCUGGUUCACACGCACGUUCGCCUACUUCAGACGCAAUGCUGCAACUUGGAAGAACGCCGUCCGCCACAACCUCAGUCUGCACAAGUGCUUUGUGCGUGUGGAGAACGUGAAGGGGGCGGUGUGGACGGUAGACGAGGUGGAGUACCAGAAACGCAGGUCGCAGAAGAUCACAGGGAGCCCAUCACUUGUCAAGAACCUGCCCUCCAGUCUUGGUUAUGGAACUGCACUAAACGCCAGCUUACAGGCUGCCCUGGCAGAGACCUCCCUGCCUUUGCUGGGGACCCCCGGCCUCAUGAACAGCGGCUCCACGGGCCCAAUGGGAGGCAGCUGCCACGGUCUCCUUGGCGGUGACCCGUCUGGCUUGAUGGGCGGGAGUCCGCCAGGGCUGUUGGGCGGGAGCCCACCGGGACUGCUGGGCAUCAGCCCACCUGGCACGCUGAGCGGCAGCCCCCCGAUGCUGAUGCAGUCAGCCCACGAGGAGCUCAACGGCUCGCUCGACCACUUGGACACCAACGGACACAGCAGCCCCGGAUACUCCCCACCAGCACACAUGCCACAAGUUCACGUGAAGGAGGAGCCACUCAACAUGGAUGACGACGACUGUCCGAUGUCACUAGUGACGACAGCCAAUCACAGUCCGGAGCUGGACGAUGACCGGGAGCUGGAGGAAGGGAACUUAUCAGAAGACCUGGAGUGACUAGGAUACAGUUUUUGGUCGACGUAUCCCUUCACCCAGCCGCACUGUUUCUUUCACACAGACCUCCUGCAAGACUAAGAAACCACUCCACAGUCCAAGCAAACCACAGCUGACUCUCUCUUCGUCUCUCUCACCACUGGGACUAUUUAUUGAGCAUGCAUCCGGACGGAGACCGUUCCAAAGGAACUCUUUGUUGCAGCCCUUUGGGAUCCCCAAACAUGACAGGCAUGAGAUGUCUGAUUAAAAAAAAUAAAAUUAACUCUUCGAGACCUAUUUCAUUAGAGAUGGCGUGGCCACAUACAGUACAAGGAUGAUGGACUCAUGGAUGGGGGGAAAAAAACCUGAAACAAAUGAGCAAGUCAUGUUCCGUUGAAAGCUAGCGGCCUCAUAUACUGCCAAAAAGGAAGACGUUUUAUGUUUGUGAAUAACCCGACCCCCAGUAGUUGUUAAUGUCUAGAGACAAUUGCUGGUUCAAUUCAAGUUGUUGCUCUGUUAUCAUUUGCACAGGAGUAGUCUCAGAAAUUUGUGUCACUGCCUGUAUGUUGCUACUAUUAUGAAAACCAGUAUAUUAUUUUUUAGCUAUUUUUCUUUCUUCUUCUUCUUUUUUUUUUUUACCAUCGUUAAUUUUCAGAAUAUGAUUUUCAACACCACCAACUGUAAAUGCCAUUCCCCCCCGAAUCACACCAUGAAACGGAACCGCGGUACCAAAACUGUUGUUGCAGCUGUCCAGAGUAAAAAAAAGAAAAAGAGAAAAAAAAAAAGAAAAAAAGUUGGCUUCCAGUCUAUUAUCUGUUUGUGAUUAAAAGUAAAAAAAAAAAAAAAGAACUGGAAAUUCAGUUGGGGAAAUAAAAAAAACAGUUUGUGUAAAGCACCAUUUACAAAACAAAUGCAUCUCUGCAUAAUUUUCUUCUUGCUGUUCUCCUUACCUCCUCGUUCUAAAGCUUUGUCUACCUGCAAACAGUCACAGGCAACAGCUAGAAACCAAAGCCAACACUAGCAAUGGCCAAUAGCUUAUAGACAGAAGCCACCAAACUCCUCUUGGUCCGCCUUCUGUGACUUUAAACUAGUACAAAGAGAAGCUUUCGUUCCGCAAACUACCUUCGAAUAACCUCUGGGAUUGUUUCAUUUAGCCCUAUACAAAGAUGAUCACGACGAGUAAGAGAGAGGGGGAAUAAAUGCUGAUUUUGAUGUGUAAUUUGAUAACUCAGAAAACGUCCACUUCGAAGAUUUUCUGCCAGACGUACUGUUAGGUUUAAAAAAAGAAACAAAAAAAAGGUGAUGUGAUAUUUGAACUGCAGGCAUUUUUUUGUGCUUUGACUGGUAGAGAGCAGCUAACUGUUAAAGUGGAUUAUGACCAAAACAAGACAUUUGUGUAUUCAAUGGAAGUGCAGAAACAUUGUGUUGUAUUGUGACUUUACUUUUUGUUAGGCAUUGAACACAUCGGAAGUCAUUGUUUUCUUUUCCUUUCCUUUUUUUUUUUUUUACUAUUUUGUUUUUCUAACCUGGUAAAUAUGUAUUGUUCUAAGUGGGACUGUCAAAAAUACUGUCACGUCAUAUUUCUGUGGCCUGUUUAUUUUUUUCCUCCUUCGUUUUCUUUUUGUUUCCGAGCCGCGUCGAAAAACCGAAACUGAAAACAUCGCUAACCAAACAUGAAAAAUAUCUAGUGAAGCCAAAUAAGUCAUAAUUUCAAGUUGAUAUGAAAUGAUGUGGCUUGGUUACCAUGUAAAAGCAAAUAAUAAUAGCCAUUGCGGAAGAGGAUAUCUUGGGUGAAAGUUAACCUUUUCUAGGUGAUAUUUGCUUUAACAUCAGACACACGUUGUGUGGUUCAUAGCUUCUAAACCAUAUAGAUGCAGCCGGUGUUGCCACUGACGUACUCUUUAUAGGUAGCCAGCUUUUUUUCUAACACACUUGAGAGACUAAAGAGUUGUUGCGGAGACUGCGUCCCAUCACUUCCCUCACAGCUAAAUGUCAUCUAGAAAAGUGUUGUUGCUUUAAUGGUCAUUUCUGUUUUCAGUAAACCAAAGUUACACAAAAUUCUGCCUCCUCUUGUAUGGGAUAAAGAAAUGCUUAGAAAACAAACCACACACACACACACACACACCCUGUGCGCGAACAAACACACACACACACACAAAACACACACAUAGACAGACCCCUAGCUUUUUGCCAACUUUCUUGUUUCAGUUAACUCUCCAGCUGCAGAACACGCGCGCUGUCAAAGAAACCGACGCGUGGCUUUGUAUCGUGCUGUAACGAGCGACGCGUCUGCCUGCUUGGACCAAAGUGGAGACACUGUGCAUAUGUUGUUUUCCAAGUGUUGUGCCAAGCCAAGAAAAUUGGCUGUAAGAGCUUAACACACAGCCACGUGCAGUACUGUACAAAAUACACACACACACACACACACACACACACAAACACACACACACACACGCUCGCUCACACACGACACACAAUACAUGCCAGUUCUACGUCAAGAGGGUACUGGGCCCAGGAACAAAGCUUAUCCCUUCAAUACUUAGCUGGAGUCAGCAAAAACGACUUGAAGACGACGUUCUUAAUAAUCUUAUCACACCAAAUAAAAGGACGCAGCGUCUUUCAAAAAAAAAAAAAAGGAAAAAAAAAAAGGGUUCUCCCACUUACACCCAAAAAGGCUUUUUCGGAAAAAAAAAAGCUUCUACCUCUGCACAACAAAAUUCAGAACAAUUAUGACAGAUUGCACGAGUUAUUAGGAAAAAAAAAAAAAACGCCACAAGAGCUGUUACACUUUACUACGCUUGUCUCAUAGGACGUGGCUCCCAACCAACGUUUACAUUCCCUGCGUCAAGAUAUGGAAGAUUUGCAUUGUAAUAGGUUGUCCUCAAACAUUUGUAGAAUGAUAAUGUAUAGAUUACCUGUAAGGGAAUAUUGUGUUUUAAAAAUGCAUGUCUAAAAAUCAUUUGGUGGACUGGAAACAAGAACCAAUAAAAAGAAUAUAAUAAAAAUCAUCGGGACGAUGGCCUAAAUGUACGUACAAUGCAUAGGAGUGCAUUACCUCAGAUAUACUGUUUUGGGAGGGAUACAACCUGUCAGCCACAGAAUGCAUAUUACCUGUAGAUUUGCAUGGGUUUUGUAUAAAUUAAGUAAAAAAAAAAAAUGUCUAAAAUAGUUGCUUGCACAUAAUACCAGAAAGACCUCCAGAACUGCGAUCUGCUCCUCCACUAGAUUUUAGGAUUGUCUGGAUUUUCUGGGUUGAUUUUGUCUGUAUUUUGAUAACUGUGCAUACUUAUGUAAAAAAAAAAAAAAAAAAAUGUUGGUGGACCCAUAAAUUUACCAGACUUUUUUCUAAGAGGAAAAAAAAUCUCAGUGUUUCUUUUCUGACUUACCUGAAUUUUUACUGUUUCUCUCUCUCAUUGCUCGCUAAGAAUAGCAAAACCUGCUUUUUCUGCAUCUGCUUUGCGUAGCUGUAAGGCUUAACCUAAUGUGUGUAUUUAUUGCUUGUACCUCUGUGCAUACUUUAUGAAGCAUUAUGUCUGGCAGUUGAGUCAUGUAUCCUUUCUACUGCUAUCCUUCUCUAAUAAUUGGGAAUAUGAUCCCCCUAUGUAUACAGUAAAUUGGGACUGUAGCAAACAUAUGUUUAUGUAAUUGGUGAAGACUUUUUAUUUUAUUUUAUUUUUUUCGUUUCGUUCUCAUUUUCCUUUAACGAUCGAGAUUCAACUACUUUUUUUGAUACUUUUCAUUACUGUGUACUGUGUCCAUACGUUAAAAGGUUCUCUGACAUUAGAAGGUCAUGGUUGAGAAUUGUAACAGACGUUAUUAUUUUCUGUAUUCAUGGCAUUUCACUGCUGAAUAAAAUAAAGGACCAAAACUUGGAAUUUGAAAAGCAA